AUGCAUGAAAGCAAGUUCCAGCGAUUUAUGAGCUGGGCUCGACAAUCUGAAUCACAGCCAGUAGCAAACUGUGUUUCCUACUUUCAAUCUCUCAGCAAGCCUCCCGAGUUUGCGGUGGAACUCGUUCAGCAAAUAAAUUAUGGUCCUGUCGAAACCAGACGUUAUUUCAUUCCGACAGCAAAUGGUCUUUCAGCAAGUGACUGUGAGUUCCUAGAGGUCACAGACCAAGAUCUGAUCACUGGGAACUUCCAGAAACUAAAUACGUUGGUUUGCACAUGA